UUGAAAAGAGAAAUCAAGAAGGCUAAAAGAGAAGAGGAUAAAAUAGUGGCUACAGGGAAAGAGACCGAGGGAUCAUGGUAUGUUCCAUCAGUAUCACUUUUAUCAGCAUUCAGUUCAACUCCAAUUUUAUUUAAAUACUAUACCUAA